AUGACGAGGGAGGGGGCCGAGGCCCAGAGAGAGUCCAGGAAGGCGCUGCAAGCUCAGGGGCUGGUGGCGGUGCCCGAGGGCCUGUGUGUCCGUGUGCCCUGCUUCUUCUCCUGUCCCAGGAGAUGCUAGACUGACUCUACCCCAGUUCAUGGCUACUGGUUCCAAGAUACAGACUGGGAGGCUCCCGUGGCCACAAACGAUCCAGAUCAUAAACUACAGGAGGAAAGUCAGGGCUGAAUCCUCCUCCUUGGGGACCCCCAGACCAACUGCUCCCUGGACAUCAGAGAUGGCAGGAUGAGGGACAAUGGAAAAUACUUUUUUAGGAUGGAGAGAGGAAGAAGCCUCUCUCAGACCCUAGUGUCUCCCAUCAGAGUGAAGACCUACAGGAAGAAGGCAGCCGGGACUGCAGUGGGUAUGGAGGACACCCACCCUGCCAUAGGGCCAACUUCCCUGGACCACCAGCAGGAGUCCAAGUUGGAGGAGCCUCCUGACCCCACAAGCUCGGCAGGGGCCACCCCCACCUUGGGGGUGGAGCAAGAGAUGCAUUACACCUCCCUCACCUUUCAUGGGAUGCGCCCUCGGGAGAGCACCCACUCGGAAUACACGGAGAUCAGGACCAAGUGA